AUGAGAUCUUUCAUCUUAGUCAUAUGUGUUCUCGUCUUGGCAAUGUUCAUUAUGUUGGCCGAAUCCUCCUACGGUGGUGGAAGCAACCAGAAACGCUCUCCUCCUCCUCCUCUUCCAAUGGCUCCUUCUCCAGCACCAGCAACUGCUCACUUUGGUGAACCCAAGACGCUUCCACCACCGCCAAACGCCGCCACUUGUCCGCAGUUAAUCACCUCUACGUUCAUUACUCUCUUGGCUUUCGUCCUCUAA